AUGCGUGACAAACUCAAGACGCUCCAAUGUCUUGUCGUAUGUCUUUUUGUAAUCUACAAUGUAGAUGCGGCUCUAUAUUAUACGUAUGAUGAAGUAGAUCCAAGAGACUACGAGAUAUUCCGUCGAGAAUACAACAAUGACAACUAUGCGUGGUUUGUAGAUAAGAUAAAUGAGCAGAAUCUACCUAAACAUGCAAUCUUGAGGAAGUUGAGGAACGACAUGGCACGAUAUAACAAGGAAUUGGCGGGUGUAGGCUUAUUUUAAAAAGAUUUUUUACUUUUUUUCGAUUUUUUAAAAUUUUAAAAAUUUUUUCAAAAAUUUUUUAAAAAAUUUAAAUUUUAAAAUUUUUUUAAAUUUUUGUUUUUCUUUUGAUUACCGAUGACUUUUCUAUGGUAUUUUAUCAUUUUUCAGAGAUUGUAUCAAUCCCAGCUUCGCCAAUUUCAAGUUUUUGAAAAUGCAGCUAGACACAACCCAUCCUUGCUUCACAUGUCUCCAGAAGCCCACAGGGUCAAACUUUAUUUGAUUGUAAGUUGAAUUUCAUUUACUAAUCAAAAAUCUUUAUCCUAGGUCAUAGCUUGCACCUUAAAAACAUUUUUCGAUAGGGUUAGAUAAGGUAGAAAAACUUGUAGUAAUUCCAAAAUUACAGUAUUCCAGCUUACUAUCAUGCCUCAAGCUUCAAAAUUUCAAAAAAUUUAAACCUAAUUUAAAAUAAUUAAAAUCCACUUUACAGAACCUAGAAUACAAUCAACGAUUGUCAUGGCUAGAGACCUGUAGAAGACAAAACGACCUAAUCGUGUCUCAACCUCAUCAUAUUCGACGGGAGCUUCAGGCUACUUUAAAUGCAUAUUGUGUUGUAGGCGGAAGACAAUUGGAAGGCAUGGCCGUACCGUACUGCGAUCCUAUUGAUGGUGAAAGAGAAGGGUAAGAUUAUAUUUGUUUUAGCAUUUUAAAACUAUAAAAUAGAGUAGAGCUAGGAAAACAGGGCAGAAAAGGGCAAGACACGGCAUCAGUGUUUUGCCCGGACCGGUCCGGAGCGUUUUUCACCGGUCCGGUCCGGCGAUUUUUUGGGUCCGGUCCGGUCCGCAAAAAAAAUUUUUUAAAUUUUUAAAAAAAGCAAGGAUGGCUAAACCUGCUUUGUUUUUGCUUAAAAACGCUAAAAAUAGGUUUUAUUUGCAAUUUUUAAAACAGUUUUCUUAAAAUAAAAAAAAAAAUUUUCUUCCGGACCGGUCCGGAGCUUUUUCUUCGGUCCGGGUCCGCAGGUUUUUGGGUCCGGUCCGGUCCGGUCCGCAAAAAUUUCUGUUUCGGUCCGUCCGGCCGGUCCGGACCGGUCCGGCAAAACACUGCACGGCAUAAUGGAGCAAAAUAGGGCUAGGCUAGGCAAAGGCAGACCAAAAGCAGGGAAAAGGCAGGGCAAAGGCAGGACAAAGGCAAGGAAAAGGUAGGGCAAAGGCAAGACAAAGGCAGGGCAAAGGCAAAGCAAAGGCAGAGCAAAAGCAGGCCAAAGGCAAGACGGAACUAAAAAUUCGUUUCUAUAGAUAACCAUUCCAAUCACUAACUAAAACAACAAAUUUCAGAUCCCUCAUCUCAAGAUCAUCCCCAGAAAUCCGUCGUAAGCUUCUAGACGAACUGACAGUCGACGACGCUCAUUCCGAAUCCAGCCAACACAAGCACAAGUCAACAGAAGAUGUGAAGAAAGCUCGGCAAAUCAUGGAAGAACUGAACCGUCGAACCAAUGAGCUACACAAGAAGAACGUCAAACAUCUUCAUCAAGAACGUGAUUUGGUUAACAAGAAGUUGAAACUUGAAGAAGAACAGAAUAUAGAACGAAAGAAGAAGGAGCACAGUCUAUCUAAAGACGAAAUGCAGGUGUUGGGCGACCUUUGUCAUCGUUAUGUUCUGAAGAAGCAUCGAGAAAAAAAGACAGAAGAAGAAGAAAACAAAGAAUCAAAGAAGAGGAAGCAAGAAGAAACAGAAAACAAGAAACACAUCACAGAUGACAUCUGGAUAAAGAAAGAAGACCAUAAGAAGGAAGAGGAAGAAGCCAAGAAACAACAGUUAACAGACACAACAAAGACCAAGAAGGAAGAAGAUGAUUUGAGGAAAAAGACUUCUGAUGAUCACCAUGCUGAACAUCAUACUGUCACUGAAGUUUUGGCGCCUGGGGGUGGUAGAAGACAUAAUGGCGUAAGACAUGGUAGCAGAGGGCUUGAUAACAGAAGGCGUGAUAGUUUAAGGCAUGAUGGCGUAAGAAAUGAUGGCAGAAGGGUUGAAGACAGGAUUUCUGAUUCCGGAAGAAAUAAUAAGCUAGAAAUAGAAAGCCAAAGGUAUCAGAACAUAGACCAGAAUAAAAGGCCUUUCUACCGUAACAGACCUUCUAUAUCACAAUAUCAUCAACGGUCCACACCUAGAAAUUUAGUACCAACAGCUUCAAAUCAAGAAGUUAAUAGCAACCGACCUCGUAUAGUAGAUUAUACUACGGUUGUAAACAAAACAAGGCCAGUUGAAAGGCUUCGACGACCGGUUGAAAGGCUUGAACAUCCAAUUCAUGACGUUAAAAGGGAAAGAAGACCAAGUAACCUAGAAAGAGAUCGAAGACCAAAAGAAAAUGAAAAGAAGCAAGAACAAUAUCUUACGCCAAGAGUACUUGAAAAGCCUUAUCUCUCUGAUAAUCAAAGACAAGAUAGCAGAAAAGAACAAGAAUUAGCUGAAGAAGUGUAUGAACAACUACUGACAGGGCAGCAAAAACAAGAAACCAAGAAACAACAGAGAAUAAAUGAAGAAGUUCUAGAACAAUUACUAAAUGGCAGAAGAGCUCAAGAAGCUGAAGAAGAGAUUUAUGAACAACUAUUGACUGGAAAACAAAAGCAAGAGCUUAAAGAAGAAGUUUAUGAACAGUUACUCAGUGGUAAAGAAGAACAAGAAGCAAAGGAAAAAGUUUAUGAACAGUUACUGAACGGAAAGAAACCUAGGCAUCUCCCAGAAGACCUUAAAGAAGCCAAUGAAGGAAGACAUGAACAGUUACUUAGAAGAAGAAACCCUCAAGAAUCCCAAAGAUUAAAAGAGGAAGUCCUUGAACAACUUUUAACCGGUAGAAGUCCUCACGAAGCAUCUGAAAAAGUUAAGCAACAACGUUAUAUUAACCAACGUCCUCAAAAAAAUGCUCAACAAGGACGUUUUAAUAACAGACUGCCUCAAGAAGAAAAUCGAAAACGGUAUUUUAACAAAAUAAGGCCUCAAGAAAUACCUAACGAAAAGAAAGAAAGACAUUUAAAUCGUCAAGAAUUAGCUGAAGAAGUGUAUGAACAGCUACUGACUGGCAGAAACCCUCGAGAGUUAGCUGAUGAUCUACAAGAAAAGAACGAGAGAAGAUAUGAACAGCUUUUAACAGGAGUACAAAAGCAAGAAGCUGCUAAAGAGAUUCAAGAACAACUCUUAACAGGCAGAAGACCUCAAGAAGCAGAAAGAAAGGGUCAUAGACAACCUAUUGAAAGACAACGACAACCAAGUGAGCAACGUCAGCCAAGUGAACGACAAAGGCAAAAGCUCUCUGAACGUAGAGAACCAUUUGAAAGACAAAGAAGACCAAUAGUAACCCAAACACCAAUAGCUACUCGACCAAUAGAUACUCAAAGACAAAGGCAACCUGAACAACCACAAAGACAACGUAUAAAUAAAAAAAGACUUCAACAAGCUCGAGAAGAAGAAGCUUAUGAACAGCUACUAACUGGUAAAAACCCUCGAGAGCUAGCUAAUGAUCUUCAGGAAAAGAAUGAAAUGGGCUACAAACAUUCAAUUGCUGGCAGGCCAGUGAAGAAAUUAAGAAAAAUGAAACAUGAGAAACCAAAAGAAGCUCAUGAACAACAAGCAGAUAGAAGACCUAAUCAUGAACAUAAUCAAGGUAAAAGACCAGCUCGACAAGAACGAAAAGAAUACCGUGAACAACUAGUACAAAGAAGACCAGUUCAUGAACAACGCAUAGAAAGAAGACCAGUUCAAAUCCCAGCCAUUGAAAAUGUAGUUAGAAGACCUAACCAUGAACAAUUUGUAGAUAGAAGACCACACCAACAACUGCCUAAAGAACAGCGCGGCCAACGAUUUAUCAAAAAACGGCCACAAGGGAAAGAAGAAGAGCUACAAGAACAACUACUGACUGGUAUAAACCCAAUAGAAGUCGUAGAUAAACCAUAUGAACAACGUUUAACCGGCAUACGAUCUGGAGAACCUAGAGUAGUCGCUAUUCUACCAAAAAUAACAGAAGCAAUAGUAUCAAAUAGACCUGAUGUCAGACCUAAUCGGAGACCUAAUAUCAACCAUGACCAAAAGCCUAAGAUCAUCCCUGAUCGAAGACCUGAUGCCAAUCUUGCUCCCAGACCUACUCAUUUAGAAAACAGACUUGAUAAAAGUGAAUCACAGCCUGAAAUUGAGCACAGACGACCUGAUAUUCUUCAUAGGAAGCCAGAAAGUCAACGUAGACCAGAAGAUUUGGCAAAGCCAGAAAGACAUCAGAAUCGUGCUCCUUUAAGGGACAUUAACUCACCUAAAGACUUGAAGUUACCUCGUCAAGAACAACAUCAACAAAGGCAAAGAAGACCAGAGAAUGGUGGAGAUUAUCAACGACCAGAUGAGACUAGAAGGCAUGAAAAAAAUCAACGUCCAGAUGAGAUAAGAAGACUUGAAAAGCAUCAACGACCAGAUGAGGUGAGAAGACAUCAGAGUCAUCAACGACCAGAUGAGACAAGAAGGCUAGAAAAUCCUCAACGACCAGUAUCAGUAACAAGGCCUAAAGUUCAUAACGACAAACAUGUUCUAUCAGAAAACCACCAGCAUCUUAACAUAGAUCAAAAUCGGCCGAAAGACCAUGAUUUCCCGCGACAAAGCCCAGCUAAUCAAAAACAAGAACACAACAAUCUAAGACCUGAUUCAAGCCCAAGAAGUGAUCAACGACUACUACUACCUGAUAAACCUACAGAAAGGCAAAAAACCAACAGACCUACACCAUUACCAAAAGAACAGCACGUUCAAACAAGAAGACAUAACGAAAAUCGACCAAAAACAAUGAUCCGUCCAAUGAAUGUUCAAGAACUGCCAAAAACAACAAAAAGCAGCUACAUCAACAGGAUAUUGAUACCAUUAGAUUGGGCUGACAAAUUCCCAUACGAUCGUUAUGGCAUCCCGAAACCACCGCCAAAAGCGCCCGAAGGCAAAACCAAAGGAAAAUGGCUAUUUUUACCCGAAUAA